CAAAAGUCAAUGUCAAAUCCAAUCUAAAAAGUUACUGUUUUCGACAUGUAAACAAAGGUUAACAAAACAAUAAUAAAAAUGCAGAAAGAAGUUGAUCAAGCUAUUAUAAUUGAUACUAUUCAGAAGAACAUUAUAAAUUUCUGUAAAGGUUUAUCACCGCAUGUGGAAAAAUGUGUUAAUUUGUUAGAUGAAACUACAAAACCAGUGCAGGCUUUAGGAAAUUAUUCCGAACAGUUAAGACACGUGGAACGGGCAAACAUUAAAUACAUAGAUGGAUUUAAAUCACUUCAAGAGUCGCUUAUGUUUAAAAUAUGUUCAGAAAUUGAAGACGAAUUGGUUUUAAUAAAAGGACUUUUAAAUCGAUUGAAUGUAGCAAAUCAAGACAUGAAAAACAAAUUAGUAAUUUUAGAAAAGUCAACGGCGGAUUUAGACUGGGAAGCAGAAAGCGAUCUUGUAACAGGGUCGGCCUUUCAGCCACCUUUAUCUAGAAUUCUACAAGAUGGUUACGAAUUCGUAAGGCAUUUUUGCGAUAUCUACAAAUCGAUUAGUGAUAGUUUUAAAACUUUAAAAGUGAGAAACGAGGAAUCUAUGAAAGAUUUUGAAAAUAAGUUCAAAGUGAAGGUUAGGAAUAAACUUGUUACUGGAUAUUUAGCUGUACUUCAGUAUGUGUAUUAAUUUUUUAAAUAAAUAUUUUA